GUCUUAAUGAUAACGCAGGUCAUAUUAAACUAAGUAUUCUAAAAUAUUAUGAUAGUGAGAAGGCAAGAGAAUUUAAGGGGGAACUAAAUCGCAAAACUACAUUUGUUUUCGUCAAUGUCCAGGCGGUAGUGAUAUUAGAACGGAUGAAAAUAUUGUGACAGUGCAAAGACAAGAAAAGAGAGCUAAAUCGCAAAACUUCUUUUAAUUUCGUCAAUGUACAGAGUUCAUAUUUUGGCUACACCUUUUUAAAGAGACCCACGAGCCAUAUUGAAAUUUUGACAAAAAAGACAAUGAUAAUCCUAGUUGUUAUAAGUACUCUUCUAUUCUUAGCAUCAACCGAUACGAGAAAUACUGGUUCAUCAAAAGGGUGCAGAUUUAGACCAUUAUACACUUUCUGUGUUGGGUUAAAUCUUACAUACAUUCCUGAAAUACCUGUAACAAAUAUUGAACUUCGUUUUGAUAGAAACUAUCUACCAUAUAUAAAUGUGACUACAUUGUCAAACGUUAGCAAUGCAGCCAUAAAGCUCUUCUUUCUUAAGUUUAAUGGUAUUAAAACGAUUGAAGAAAAUGCGUUCCAAAAUAUUAGUACACUACAUAGACUUGAUUUAUCUUGGAACAAUUUAGCAAAAUUUAACUCCAUUUUAAAACAAAACAAAAAAUUACAAAUACUUAACUUGCAAGGUAAUCAAAUAUCUUCUGUCACCUUAGAUUUCAACCCAUAUCUUGAAAAACUGUCUCUUGGUAACAACAGCUUGAGAGAUUUACCAAACUUCUGUGGUCCUCGAGUCUUUUACCCUAAUUUAACUUACUUGAAACUCAACAACAAUAAAAUCGAUAAUUUUAUUCCCGGUCAUAUUAAUUGUAUGAAGAAGUUGGAUUAUUUAGAUUUGUCAUUCAACGCUCUUGGAAUCCUUAAAACGGACAACUUCCAUUACUUGCCGUCUCUAAGAUGGCUGUCGCUGUAUGAACAAAAAAACCCAAGCCCACCUUUCAUAAUACAAGAAAGGGCUUUCAACAACAGUCAUUUAAAAGAAUUACGUCUUUCUAGGAAUACCUUGACAUCUGCAAACUUAUCGCCACAAGCAUUUGAUGGUUGCGUCUGUCUACAACUUUUAAGAUUAAUGGGAAAUUAUCUCGGCGACGAUAUUGAUAUUUUAAGUAAAGCCCUUUCUCCACUAACGUCUUUGGAGACAUUAGUUUUGGCAGACACUAGACUGUUUUCCCUGCCAAAGGUUAUUGGAGAGAAACUUCAUAAAUUAAAAUACUUGGAUGUCAAAUUUAAUAAAAUUAAAUCAUGGCCAAUGAAUUUCUUUAAGAACAACAUAGAGUUAUCAGACAUAAAUAUAAAACAAAAUAGUAUUGAAACAGUUACACGCGGAAUGUUUCCUGUACAACUUAGAAGUACUCUUAAAACGAUUAGUCUUGACCAUAACCCGUUUAUUUGUAACUGUGACAUAUAUUGGUUUAUUCAAUGGAUUCGUAGCGAGAAACAUAAGUUUGUUGAUUAUCCGAAAGGUUACAGAUGCCUUAAUAUUACUGAGAAGAUAUGUCUGAAUAAUUCAGAGACCUACAAUGUUGUAACAAUUGUAGUAUGUGUAUUACUUUUAGUAAUUGUAUCGGCAUCAUUUGUGUAUAAAUAUAGAUGGCAUAUUAAAUACCAUAUUUACAUUUGGAGAUACAGACAAAAACAGUUAAUGCAUAUUGCAGAAAAACAAUUUGUUUACGAUGUUUUUGUGUCGUACUGUGUUGAAAACAGCAAUUGGGUAUUUGACAAUCUUGUUCAUCACUUAGAAGAGGAUGCCCACGUCAAACUAUGUAUCCAUGAAAGAGAUUUUCUGGGUGGAAAACUAAUCAUUGAUAAUAUUAUUCAACACAUGGAAAACAGUCGGAAAAUCUUAAUCAUUUUGUCAAAUGAAUUUGCUAGACGUCAGUGGUGCCAAUUUGAAAUGAGUUUAGCCCAGAAUUUGGUUUUAGAUAUGAGUAUUGAGUCAAUAGUUGUAGUAUUUCUAGAAGAGAUAGAGGCCGUUAAUAUGAGUAAAUCAUUACAUGCUCUGUUAAAAACUACAACUUACAUCACUUGGAACGGUGACGUAGAAGGUCUAUUUUGGGAAAGACUAAAAGCGUCUAUCCUUACGUAACUUUAUGACCAGAGACCGCUGGGCUGCAGCAACCGGCCUUGUGUGUUCCUAUAAUUUUGUGCUUUCAAUAACAUUAACGUUUGUGUCGUCCAAAGUCUGUAAAUGUUUCAAAUAGACAAAAAAAUCUAAUAAAGUGUAUGAUUUUAA